GCAGUCUCAACACCAGCGGGGCAGGAGUGCCCCUCCAUCGCGUCCAUCACGAGAAGCUCAUCCUUGCGUCGGCUGUCCAAGCUCUUUCAUACACAUACACAUCUUCACUCAUCCGUUGGCACUAGAGCCAGGACCAAUCUCACAACAUGUUCGCCCUCACACUCACAGCCGAGCUCUCCGGAGUAACAAACCUCCGCCCAACCGACACAAAAGAACACCCCUUCUGGUACACCUUCAAAGUCCAAUGCACCUCCUGCAGAGAAGUCCACCCCAAACCCGUAGGCGUCAGCAGAUUUGAAGAAAACGAAAUGUCCGGCUCCCGCGGCGAAGCCAACUUUGUCUGGAAGUGCAAGAACUGCAAGCGCGAAUCCUCCGCCUCCAUCCAAACCGCCCCAACCCCCUACCAACAAGGCGAGCCACCCAAGUCCCAAAAGAUCAUCACGUUCGACUGCCGCGGCCUCGAAUUCGUAGAAUUCAUCCCCGAGGGCGAGUUCGAGGUCGACGGCCUAGAGUCCAACACUAAGUUCACCGGCGUGGAGCUCAACGAAGGGGAGUGGUUCGAGUAUGACGAAAAGGCUGGUGAUGAGGUCAGUAUCAAGGAGUUGAAGUGGGAUAUUGUAAGGGCUUAG